UCUUCUUCGUUCUCCUCUUCCUCCUGCUUCCUCUUCCCCCUCGGCACCGCCCGGCGCGCCUGCGGGCAGGGGAAGGGGCACGGCAGAGCCCGCCCCCGUGGAGGGCAGUAGCAUGUUCCGGCUGAUGAGGGACGGGGAGCCGGAGGACCCCAUGUUCGCUAUGGACCCUUUUGCUAUCCACCGGCAGCACAUGAACCGCAUGCUUUCUGGAAGUUUUGGAUUUGGCCCACUGCUUGGUAUCACUGAUGGGACCACGCCAGGGGCUCGUCAGGCUGGCCGCAGGAUGCAGGCAGGAGCUGUUUCACCCUUUGGGAUGCUGGGCAUGGCAGGUGGCUUUAUAGACAUGUUUGGCAUGAUGAACGACAUGAUUGGGAACAUGGAACAUAUGACAAGUGGUGCAAACUGCCAGACAUUUACCUCUUCAACUGUCAUCUCCUAUUCCAACCUGGGUGAUGGGCCCAAAGUAUAUCAGGAGACCUCAGAGAUGCGUUCGGCACCUGGCGGGAUUCGUGAGACUAGGCGGACCGUAAGGGACUCAGACAGUGGCUUGGAACAAAUGUCUAUUGGGCACCACAUCAGGGACAGAGCGCACAUCAUGCAGCGAUCCCGGAACCAUCGUACAGGUGACCAGGAAGAGAGGCAGGACUACAUCAAUAUGGAUGAAAGUGAUGCAGCCGCUUUUGAUGAUGAGUGGAGGCGAGAGACAUCCCGCUUCCGGCCGCAGCGAGGACUGGAAUACCGGCGUCACGACGGCAGCGGCAGCCGCCGGGCUGAAGGGACUCGUCUUGCGAUCCAGGGCCCGGAGGAUUCUCCCUCCAGACAGUCCCGCCGAUAUGACUGGUGAAUGCAGAGCAGACCUUGUUGGGGGUGCAACAUGGUCACCCCCAAGUCUACCUACACGUUCUUGUAAGUCCUAACACGGCUCUUUUUUCAUUCUCCAUUGCCUGGUUGCCUCUUAACCAUAUGGAUUUUCUUUUCAUUACCCCAGUCUUGCAUUAUUUUGGUUGGAAGAAUGUUUUCUCGCUUAAUGUAAAGAGCAGAGGAAGAUGAAAGUCUUGAGAAAAUACUGAAUGGAAAGGUUCAACAAGGUUAGCCUUGUCACCAAGAAAAAUAUGUGAUGUCAGCCUUAGGUGAUGGUUGAAAUGGUAUGAGGUGAUGCAGGAUCACAAUCUAUAGAGUGUUUACAUUAUCAUUAUGUAGAACUUAGAGACUUUUUACUGCCAGUCCAGUUUGAAAUUAAAACAAGUGCUGCUUUCUGGCCUGUGCUUUGAGGGUUCACUUGGAUAUGGUCCUGAACUUGAAACUUGGGGUUUCUUUUUAUUAUUAUAAAUGUUAAAUCUUAUCUGUCUUUGCUGCUUUCUAAUCACAUUUUGCUCUUUUUAUGUUCUCUCUUUGUUUCCCUUCCUUCCAGGUACAGACAGUGAAAUUCUAAAGCCCCUUCAAAGCACCACUUGGACCCUUCUCAAAUUUAGUAUUAACCUCCCUGCCACUUAAGAAUUGAAAUAAAGCAACUAAUCUUCUGCAUUGCCUUUUUUUUUUUUUUUCCUGCCCCAUUUGGGUGCUGCAGUGGUUCAUGGAGCAUCUCACCAGUGUGCAAGGAACACAUUAAUCGACCAUUCCCUUUCUGUCCUCCUUUGGUUCUGUUCUUUCUGCCAGUAGUGGUGGGCACGAGGAGCUGCCACCUUGCUGCUUCUGUCCUUUCCACUCUUUCUGUGGUGGGUUGGGCUGGUUAUGAAGUUUGUGUUUAGUCCCCUGUGAAAGAAAGACAAGGGAAUCCUGCUAGGCCCCCCUGUGUUAGUCCCCUCACAGGGACAAAGGCUUCUAUUCCCCUCUUGAAUUCUUGGUACAGCUACAGAGUAGCUGAAGGAUGCGUGUUGGAGAGGUGAUGAGCAGAACAAAAGCUGGAUAGCUUGUGCCCUCCCCUCCUCUACAUCUCUUCAGUUGGCUCCUCCACUUUUUUAAUUUGUGAAACUUGUAACUAGAUGUUUACUGAAUAAAGAAACAAACUGUAAA